AUGACAGACAAAUUUACUCCAAGCAGCCAGACUCGCUACGAGCCUGUUAAUCCAGACGAAAAUGUUCCACACCCCUCAUCACAGCCGACAUCGGCAGGACACGGCAAAGGAAACGUCACUUUGUUUUCUACCGAAAGUCUAGAGGGGCAGGGAACAAAAGUGAAGCCAGAAGGUUGGCGUUUGAAGACGAUCCUCAAGAAAUGGCGCAUACAAAUCCUCGACGUUUCGGCACGUAAGAAAAGAAACCGCCAGGUACCUAUCGUCAAAGACCGUCUUACAGCUAUACUGGCUGCUCUGGUACACCUGCCAGCCAUUUCCGGUAUUAUUGUCUUGAGCUUCUACAUCUUCAAGAAUUACUACGUCGGCAAAGAGCUCGAAGGAAUACCCAACUACGAUGUUGAGAAAAAAUUGGGGAUUCAACUUGCAGCCAAGCUCAUGGAAAUGUUCAUUGUACUGUCCCUCAAUGCCAUCGUGUUUUCCAUGAUCCGCCACGAAUUCACGAUUGGACAGUCUGUGCCAUACGGUGCUUUGGUGGCUGGACAACAAAUAUCCGAGAUUAGCUUUCUAUGGUCCCAAGAGUUUUUCUCUAUCCUUGGAGGAAAGUUCUCCCAGACAUGGAAGAAGAUUGGUUUUGUCCUCACUGUCUUUGUCUGUACCAUCAUGGCGCUAGGAGCCUCGUCUCUCAGUGCUGUUGCGAUGAUGCCUCAGGAAGGAGAUUGGAGAGCCGGAGGAAGCUUCGUAUACUUCAACGGUACUCGGGAGGAAAUGUUCCCAGCGGUAGUCACAGAAGCUCACACAAUCGGUUCUGCCUGCAACGUCACCGGUAAUGAGUUGUGUCCCUCUUGGCAAUGGGAUGUGAUCAACACCCAGCUGAUUUCCAAAAUCCGCCUAUCAGGCGAGCUGAACAACGGGAUUUUCAUCAGACGACCCCCCAACGAAAUCUUAGUCGCUGGGUAUUCCUCGACACUGGUCAAUCUGGUUGUUGAUAUCAGAGAGAAGUGGUUCAAUCUGAACAGUCCCAACCACACAGUUGCCAGGAUGCCGCAUCUUGGACCGGCUGAGGCCUGUGUCACAACGUCGUUGCACUGGGAACAGGCUGCUGAUGAUUCUGCCAAGAGACAUCAAACCCGUUUCAAUAACUUUAAAAAGGUUGCGCAUAAACUCAGUGCGCCUGUACCUAUUACCAACACCAGGUGUGAGUUGACAUCUGUCAAGGAUGCCAAAGCAAAGACGUUGUUGUUUCCUGAUUUCGUCACUUUCCCUCCUACGACUCUGGAUGUCAAAAGAGACUUCAUCAGCGACUGGUUGUCGGAUACUCUCACUGACUUGAAGAGACCUGAAGUGUUUUGGUUCGACUCGGCGCCCGUCAUUGCAAACACUUCCGUGGGAGUAAUAGUUGCUGUGCCUUCUUCUAACAAGUCAAAAGAAGCAGCUGAUGUAUAUGGUUGCAUGGUUGAUGCCAGAUGGAUAAACACAGAUUUGAGUGGCGAUGCAGUAGCGUUGACCAGCAAGGGAUAUCCUCCGUUCUCAGGUGCGAUUGCCACUUCACUCGGAGGUUCAUGGAUUGGCAACCCAGGCUAUGGUCAGCGCGUUCAUCUGGCACCUAGCUUUGCCAAAUAUCUCAAUCCUCUGGACACGGGGAGCAAUCGGACGAUUAUCCAUGAGAUGCUCAUCAACAGUGGUGUAUGGUCGCCCAAUGGCGAGGGAUCAAAGUCUGCGGCGCAUUUGGAGGCGAUCAUUGGAGCAUUAGCAGCCAACGGCUUGGCACGUUCGACCCCAAACAUCAGUGCCGUUACUACGUUGGCUGACCCCGAUGGCGAAUGGUGGAAGAGUUUCAUGCCCCAGGACAACAAAGUGUUUGGUCCUGGUGGUAGCCCUUAUGCUGUGUCAGACGAGGACAAGAAGCGUUUCUUUGGGACCGAAAUGGAGACAUGGGUGACUGGAUUCGCAUUCGCAGACAACAGUUUGACCAUGAAAGGAGCCAUGGCAGUUUUCUACGUCUAUGCACUUUUGAUUGUAGUGUACUCCAUGUGGUCCAUCUGGUCCGGGAUAACCUCGUCAUCGUGGGAGUCUGUGCCUGAUCUUCUUGCUCUUGCACUUGCGGAUCGAGAAUCUGGACCCGGCUCUGGAAAUAUCAGCGGCGGAAGCUUGGACGUUAUGAAGGAAAACUUUUGUAUUUCUGCAGAUGGAGGUACCUUGAGACUCCGGUCGAGCAACGGGUUGGUGGCACCUGAGAACCGGGUGAAACCUAAUGAGGUCUAUGACUGA